UUAACAGUACCAUUGAGCCCGCAUAGGAGAAAAGAUGGCAGAAGAAAAUACUCUCGCGUUACACGACUGGCUUUAGCCCUCGUCGAAUGAGCCAAACAAUAUGUACGGUGUUCAUUGCAACAGUGUUAUACAAGUACUCUCAGCCUCAUUAACCGUGAAACAUGAGAUUAUUGGUGUCUCAAUCGUGGCAGUAACGCAGAUAGUUUGAUUAUUAAGUACUAGUUUAAAAUGGAUGGAACUGGAGCUAAGGAGCUCCAGCCACUGCUGGAGGAGCGUCUUGCCAUACUACCUGGUGGCCGUGAUCGUCGUGGUGGACCUGUUCUAAUAUUUCCAACGACAGCUAGACGAGAGAGAGCCAAAUCCGAGGACUACUGUAAACUACUGCAAUAUCUACUGGCAGUACCGAAUGACGAGACAAGAAGUCUACGUUUCACUGUGAUUAUUGAUAUGCGUGGUGCCACGUGUGACUCAGUUCAUCAGAUAUUGAAGGUUCUUCAGGAGCACUUUCAUCGCUCGAUCUACGUUGCGUUCAUCAUAAAACCGGAGAAUUUCUGGCAGAAGCAGAGAAUAUCCCUGUCUAUACCGAAAAAAUGUAACUUCGAGAUAAAUACAAUAAGCCUGGAGGCCCUGUCAAAGGUAAUCGAUCCAUCCCAGCUAACAGUGGAUCUCGACGGAUCGUUGCAGUACGAUCACGGUAAAUGGAUUAAAACGAGAUGUGCAGUUGAGCAUUUCACAUGGCAAGCGACUGAGCUUUUGGAUCGUCUCGAGGAACUGCAGGAAGACCUUGGUAGAAAUGAUUUUGCUGAUGACGUGGCGGGUGCCCGGCAUGGCCUUGAACUUCACAACAAGAUUAGAAAGAAGAUAAUGGAAGUGCCAGUGGAGGGAAUGAGGUCCGAGGGCCAGAGACUCCUUCAGCGUUACAGCAAUACAUUGGGUUUGGGCUCUGCUGAGGGGGGCAGCAUUGAGUCUGGUGCCUCUGGGGGGAGUGAUCCUGAUGGCAGGUGUCUUGCACAGUUGGUGAUAAGUCGAAUUGAUCUGCUGGAUGCAAUGCAGCAAAAGCUCCUACAGCACUGGCACAUAAAGAGGGAAAAAUUGGAUCAGUGCUUUCAACUCAGACUCUUCGAGCAGGACUGCGAGAAGAUGUUUGACUGGAUUUAUCACAGUCGUCAGGGCUUUCUGGGUAAUUACGUGGAGAUUGGCAGGUCCUAUCAACUCGCUGAGGAACUGCAGGAGCAGCACAAACAUUUUGACACAACUUCCAGGAGUGUUUAUGCUAAGAAUAUUCAGACUAUUGGGGCAAUGGCUGAACAGCUUAGGGAGCAUUAUGCUGCUGGACACAUCAGGGUUGUUGCUAGCCGGCUUGAACGCGCUUGGUUGGAGUUUGAUGCUGCUUUGAGGGAGAGAACUAGCGUUCUCAAGCUCAGUGUUCAGUUUCAUCACAAGGCCGAACAGUAUGUUGACAGUGUUCAUGGGUGGAGCCAGGCCUGUGAGUCAACAAAUCUGCCCAAUGAUAUUCAAAUGCUCGAGCAACAUAUCAGGCAACAUCACACGCUGUACGAGGCUAUGUGUCAAAUGUACACUGAGGUUUACAACGCGUAUCAAGCAUUAUUGAGUGGAUUGGGAAAGAUGCUGCAGGUCUGUCACAGCACAAGUGUCACCAGUGGCAGUGAAGAGACACUCGAUUAUGUACACAGUACCAGUAAGAAGCUUCUUUAUCAACUGGAUCAUCUUGUCCAAGUUUGUAAUCAACCACAGGGGAUUGACCACUCCAACCGAAAACACAAUCAGCAGGAUGGGCACACAAUGGAUAAUCGGGGUGGUAUGAGUGGAAAUCCAGCAGCGGAUUACAGCGAGGGUGCGUCACACGUGCUUGCUGUCAUACAUCAGAUUUUAGGGCAUCACAGGGCUCUCGAGGCCCGCUGGCUCAACCGAAAAGUUAAAUUGCACCAGCGGUUGGCUUUGAGAUUGUUCCAAGAGGACGUGAAGCAAGUGCUGGAUUGGCUGACAAAUCACGGCGAAGUUUUUAUUCGAAAAAAUACGGGAGUGGGGAGAAAUCUGCAGAAGGCAAGGGUCUACCAGAAGAGUCAUGAGCAUUUCGAGAAUGUUGCUCAGAACACCUACACAAAUGCCGAAAAGCUCUUAACAGCAGCUCAAGAACUGGCUCAAACUGGCGAAUGUGCCCCGGACGAGAUAUACGCAGUGGCUCGUGAGCUCCAAGCCCAUGUGGAGAGCUUCAAAGCUCGUGUCGAGCAACGUCGCUGUAAACUGGACCUCGCAGUUGCGUUCUACGAUCACGAGAAGAAUCUCAGCUCCUGGGUAGACGAGUUACGCCAAGAGCUCCAGCAGGACGAAGUUGCCGAGAAUCUGGAAACAGCUGAGGGUCUUCUGGACAAAUGUGCACAGCACCGAGGCAGAUGUCUGAAGGGUUGCUCCGAGACCAUUAAAGAGGGAGAAGUCCUGUUGGAGGAGCUGAGAGAGGACUGCCCCGAGGGCGAUACUACGGGCUCUGUCAGUGCAGUGGAGGCAGCACUCGACAGACUGGCAGUGGUUCGUCACGAGCUUGAGGAGCUCUGGGCAACUCGUAAAUUGCGACUGGAAUUGUGCCUUCGUCUGAGAAUAUUUGAGAGGGAUGCACUGGAGACGAGUGGCCAGCUUGAAAUGUGGGCGCAGGAGCUGCGGGCACCACCCAGGGAAGGCUCCCCCGAGCAAUUGCUGCGUGUUCACAACGAUGGUGUUGCUCAUAUGCAGAAUAUUGCCUAUCAGGUACUCCAGCAGGGCCAGGAAUUAGCUCAAGUUCUGGAGCAAGCUGGUGUCUGCAUAAUGGCCGAUGGUCAGCACACAGCGAGUGCUCGUGUUCAAGUACUCCUCGAGUUUCUAAACGAGCGAGAAAUGGACGCUGAGGAUCUCGCUGAAAUUCGACGAAUUCGAUUGGAACAGGCAGCUCAACUCGUUCAACUCCAAAACGACGCUCAACACGUUGCUAAUUGGAUAAGAAAUGGUGAAGCCAUGCUACUGGCGUCCCUCCGAGUCCCUGAAAAUUUGCCUGAUGCCGAGCAAUUGCGUUUGGAGCACGAACAAUUUCAGGUCGCCAUCGAGAAGACCCACACAUCAGCUGUACAGGUGAAGCACAGAGCUGAUGCACUGGUCAGUGCCAAUCAUUACGAUCCAAAGAGCAUAAGGGAUGUUGCCGAGGAUGUGACAAAACGAUGGCAGCAGUUGGUGACGUGCGCCGAAGAGAGACACAAACUUGUAACAGCUAGUAUUAAUUUUUAUAAAACAGCUGAACAGGUGAGAUCUGUCCUUGACAGUCUGGAGCGUGAAUACAGGAGAGACGAGGAUUGGUGUUCAGGUGGUGAUAAGGGUGUACAAGUACCAACACUCGUUGGCAAACACCAGGAGCAGAAGGAGGCAUUUUUGAAGGCCUGCACACUUGUUCGUCGUACGGCUGAGACAUUCCUCAAGUACACUAAUCGUAGUUUACAAUUUUACAGCUAUCAGCCUGGUACAGCUGGCUCAGAGAAUAAAGUUAAAAGUAUUCUCGAAGAAUUAUUGAGCAAGGAGAACAAAGUACUUGAGUACUGGACACAGAGAAAAAAAAGAUUGGAUCAGUGUCAUCAGUAUGUUUUGUAUGAGCGCAGUGCUAAGCAGGCACUUGAAUGGAUUCAUGAAACUGGUGAAUCUUAUUUAGCAACUCACACUAAUGUGGGAAAAAAUAGAAUUGAAAAUGAACAGUUGUUGAAAGAGCACAAUGAAUUCAAGGGAGCUGCCAAGGAGAUGCGCGAGAGGGUCAAAUUACUGAUACAACUUGCUGAUAAUCUCAUGGAAAAGGGGCAUGCUCAUGCUACUGAGAUUAAACAGUCUGUGGGAGAAGUUGAUCAGAGGUACAAAGCAUUCAGCAUGCGAAUGGAUUGUUACAAGAGCCAGAUUGAGGAUGAUUUGGGUAUACAGUCGGAUGAGGGACAGAAGGAAAUGUCCAUUGACCGAAAUUCUGAUCCACUGCUUGAGGACAAGAUCAAGGGAAAGGACUUGAAGGAACUGAACGAGGAGAAGAGACGAUCAGCAAGACGUAAGGAGUUUAUAAUGGCGGAAUUACUCCAGACUGAGAGAACUUAUGUUAAGGAUCUUGAGACUUGUAUACGGUAUUUUCUCGAGGAAACGAGAAAUGGCAAGGGUAAAGUGCCAUUGGGAUUGCAAAAUAAGGAAACAAUAAUAUUCAGCAAUAUGGAGGAGAUAUAUCAGUUUCACAGUGACACAUUUUUACGUGAAUUAGAGAAAUAUGAGACAAUGCCCGAGGAUGUUGGCCACUGUUUCGUAACGUGGGCAGCUAAAUUCGAUAUGUACGUUACUUAUUGUAAAAAUAAACCAGAGAGCCAGCAGUUAUUGAUUGAUCAUGGUAGUCCAUGGUUCGAGGAUUUGCAGAAAAAACACAGGGUCGAGCAUCCUAUAGCUGCUUAUCUCAUAAAGCCAGUACAGAGAAUAACAAAGUAUCAGUUAUUGCUCAAAGAUCUGCAGACACAUUGCCAGGAGGGACAGGGAGAAAUCAAGGAUGGCCUUGAGGUUAUGCUGAAUGUGCCUAAAAAAGCUAAUGAUGCCUUACACCUUAGUCUACUCGAGGGCUGCGAUGUGCGUCUUGAUACACUCGGUGAUGUUGUACUUCAGGAUUCAUUCACCGUCUGGGAUCCCAAGUUACUCAUACGCAAGGGCAAGGAUCGCCAUGUUUUUCUCUUCGAGCUUUAUCUUCUCUUCAGUAAGGAAGUCAAGGAUUCAGCUGGCAAGGCAGCUAAGUAUCUCUACAAGAGCCGUUUGAUGACCUCUGAAGUUGGUGUUACUGAGCACAUUGAGGGAGACGAGUGUAAAUUUGCCGUUUGGACUGGACGUGCACCCACCAGUGACACCAGAAUUGUUCUCAGGGCAAACUCACUCGAGGCUAAACAACUGUGGGUUAAGAGGCUGAGGGAAGUCAUACAAGAGACGUACUUCAGUCUCAGUAUGCCAAAGAGCCCGGCGAAGAAAAGCUCGAGUCAGAGAUCUAGCAGGGAUCUCGAGGAGUGUGCUUCAUUGGAUGACAGUGUUGAGAAUCUCGAUAGAAAUUCGCUGGCCUCUUUUGGUUCUACCAACACAACAGACUCAGACAAGACUGGAGUAGUGGAGAUGACCUGGGUAGUGGCUGAUCACUCAGCAACCCCUGGGACACGUGAGCUAACAGUGACGAAAGGACAACAAGUGGAGGUCCUGGAGAAUGGCAGUUCCAGUAGUGCAAACAGCACAACCCCAGGCGAUUGGACUCUCGUUCGUCUGGCCCAAGGGCCCGGCCAGUCAGAUCCCCCAGCUGAGGGCCUAGUGCCAACCAGUGCCCUGAAACAGCCGCCUACAACAUCGUGCAAAACAUCGCCGUCCAGGAAGCCACCAUCGCAAACAACCAUUCCAAUUGCUCAACAGUCACUCACAAAUGAGGAUGCGGAUACCGGGGGCGAAGCUAAUGGAUCAACCAGUACUAAUUCACCCGGAAACAAGAGGCGUGGCUUCAGUGGACGAAAAUGGUUACCAACACCGCUGCGCAAGCUCAGUCAGGGUAAAGUAGAGAAGCCCUCGUCAUCCGAUCGUCCACCCCUGAAGAAGACAGGCUCUGACAAGCGAUUUAAGCUACCGACAGGCGAUAAAUCAGGUAGAACCGUAUCCGAGGGUGAGGAGGGUGAGGAGGAGGAGGUAGAGUGCGAGGACAGUGAGGCAACAGAGAAAUAUCUAGAGCAGAAUGGUGGUGAAGACGGUGAUGAUGAUUUUGAGUUACCACCACCGAUGAAACCAAUACCCGAGCCAAUUCUUGUGGCAACGGGUAACGGUCCAUCAGGCUCAACGAUACAGGACGAAUUGCCCGGCAAAAUAACGUCUGAGAGAUCCAUUAAGAGUCUCGAUGGUGCAACAGCAGCGGAUUUGGCAGAGAUUGAGCAAAUUGUGAAGGAGAGUAUGGAGCAACAUACGGGCAAUCUUGAGAGACACAACUUGAUGGGUAGAGCUGUACGUCCUGGCUCAACUGAGGACGGAGGAUUCUCGGGGGCUCCUGGACUCGUCGAUGAGGGCUCAACUGAUCCUGAGGCCGCUGCACUCGCGAAGAGACACUUUGUUAUCACGGAAUUGGUUGACACUGAAAGGGAUUAUGUGAAUGAUUUGAAGACCAUUGUUGAUGGGUACAUGGCACUCAUGCGGGAUUCCGAUAGUGAUAUUCCACUUCCUGAGGAUCUUCGUGGAGGUAAAGACAAAAUGGUGUUCGGUAACAUUGAAGCGAUCUACGAGUGGCAUAGAGAUUUUUUUCUGAAAGCCCUGGAACGAUGUCUCGAUAGUCCCGAGGAGCUUGGACCCCUGUUCAAGAGAUACGAGAGAAAGCUACAUAUGUAUGUGGUUUAUUGCCAGAACAAACCGGUGUCCGAGUACAUUGUGUCCGAGUACAACGACACGUAUUUCGAGGAAUUGAGACAAAAACUUGGCCACAGACUGCAGCUCUCUGAUCUGCUGAUAAAACCAGUCCAGAGGAUAACGAAAUAUCAGUUGCUGUUGGUGCAAGCACUGGAAUUGACUGAGAAAACACAGAGAUUGUCGGAGAUUGAGGGCUUCAGGGCGGCUGUUUACGUCAUGAGGAUCAUUCCCAAAGCAGCUAACGACAUGAUGGAUGUGGGAAGACUGCAGGGCUUUGACGGGAAAAUAACAGCGCAGGGAAAACUUUUACUUCAUGGCCCACUUAUAGUUUCGGAACUAUCAGGACCACCCGCUCGAGGACGUGAGUGGCAAGUUUUUCUCUUCGAGCAGAAUAUUAUCUUUAGCGAGGCUGUUGGAAAGAAAACCCAGUUUACGAGUCCUGCCUAUUUAUAUAAAGCUCAUAUUCAGGUGAAUAAAAUGAGUCUCGAAGACUCCCCAGAUGAUCCCGAAAAAUUUGUAAUUCGCUCAACGGACCCCCGUAAACCAGGUCUUGGAUUUAUCUGCCUAGUACCACCGCUAGUCGAUGAAAAUACACCACGUAGACAGCAGUGGUUUGAUACAAUAACAGCAAUACUCCAGACUCAACGGGACUUUCUCAAGGCAAUACAGUCGCCAAUCGCCUAUCAAAAGGAACUUACCAAAGAUCCACUCCGUUCACCAACACCAGAGUCAUCAAAACGUGGAUCAGCACCAGUGACACCCACUCUGACAGUGCCACGAACCAAGGACAAGAGCCACAAGAAAGGACACCUUGUGCAGCGUUCCCAAACAGGAACUGGUCUAGAUUCUGAUUCAUCGCGUACCCCAUCACCAACAAAAUCGAAACUCAAUUUCCUCGAGGGCUUCAGAAAUACUCUGCGUGCAAGAUCUCCAGUUCGUACCAGUUCCAUUCCGGUUGCACCUGGGGCUCGCGUCCGUCUGGCAGCUGAUUGGGGGAAGCUUCACGCUGGAGACGAGCUUGUAGUGUCUCAUUUGGACGGUCCAGGGCUGGUUGUGUCACCUCUGGACGCCAAAGAGGAGCUCUGGAUCCCCGCGAGUCUCAUCCCCAACUCAUCGAUCAGUCGGGCAUGGUCGUUUCGACCGAGGAAGCCAGAUGCUGAUAAGCAGAUAACCAGUCCUGCGAGGGCCAACGACAGAAAGGCGGAACCACCCAGGAUUCUUGUGCAGAGUGUCUCGUCACCGGUUCGCGUCUCUGUAGGGGAUAUCGCAAGACUGUCCUUUGAAGUCGCCAAUGCUGAGAGUGCCACCGUUGUAUGGAGACGGGAGGGAAGGGACGAGGCAAUCAACACUGGUGCGGAUGAGAGGCAUCAGGCGCGACAGGGCGCUGGACUGAUUUAUUUGGAGAUCUCCAGGUGUCGGGUCGAGGAUGCUGGGGUUUACGAGUGCACGAUUAGCUCGGAGAGCGGAUCUGCCUCAGCCAAAAUCACUCUUUGUGUUACAGGAGGCUCAGCAAGUGCAACCUGGGCUCGUGUAAUAGGCACCACAAAGAUCCAGAUAGACUGGGAGAAACGUGACAUAGAAGUAGGAACAAUCGAGUACCGAACGCUUCCCUCCACCACCUGGAUUCCAAUUUUGGACGACGUAAAGAGCCCCCCAGUUCUCCUAGACCUGCUGGCAGGUGCAUCCUAUUCGUUUCGCGUCCUAGACAAAACGGGAAGAAAUUCCACGGGUACAUGUCCCUCGCCAGUCGUCACUCUUCCUCUCGACGAGAAUAUGAGCUGGGAGGCGGAGCAAUUUAUAGGUCGAUACUUGGAGCUUGAUGAACUGGGAAAAGGUCGUUACGCCCUUGUGAGACGAGCCAGGGAUCGUGGUACGGGUCAAGAGGUAGCUCUGAAGCAAACGCUCAGGCACAAACAGUCAAGGGCCCUGACACGUGCUGAAUACGAUCUCUUGGCGUCAACUCAUCAUGCCAACAUAAUUCGUGCAUUUGCAUUAUUUGAGAAUGCUCCUCAACCUGGUGUCGAUACAAUUGUCCUUGAGUUGGUGAGGGGUCCAACAUUAUUCACUUACUUGAGCAAAAAGACUGAUUACACGGAGGCAAUGGCUUGUAAAUUCGCUCAACAACUGUUGUCAGCACUUGAUUGGCUUCAUCAACGAUCAAAAUGUCAUUUGGAUGUUAAACCUGAAAAUGUUAUGGUUGAUCAGGACACUGGCGUUGUCAAACUCAUUGAUCUCGGUGAAGCUGUUAGGGCACCCGUCGACGAAGUUGUUCCACCAGUUGAUCUUGAAUUUGCUGCACCGGAAUUAGUACUCGGCAGACCAACUGGAUGGUACACGGAUGUCUGGGCUGCUGGGGUAUUUAUUUAUGUUCUGCUCAGUGGGCUGUCACCGUUUUUAGAUGAUUCCGUUGAAGAGACAACAGCGAAUAUACUUAAAUGUGAUUACUGCUUUCCCGAUGAGUACUUUGAGUUCAUCUCCAAUGACGCUAAAGAUCUUCUUGGAAGACUUUUGAUCCUCAGGGGUGACGAGAGAGGCAGCGCUGAGGUCUGCCUCAACUCUCCCUGGUUCAAGAUCGCCAAGGGAGCCACUAUAUCCUCGGCGAGAAUGGCAGCGUUCAUCGAGCGGAGGGCACACUGCUCCAAACCACACCCUGAUCAUAAUGAGGGUUUAUAUAGUUGAAAAAAAUUUAGGAUAGUUGCAUGUAAAUAAGACACUGUAUAUUUUCCUUAGUAUCUUUGAUUCAUUGUCAUGAUUUUCUUACUUGAACUAUUGAAUUGUACUUAUUGUUAAAUAUACUUUUAGAGAGAUACUUUUUA